AUGAAUUAUUUAACAAAUGAAUCUAUUGAUUAUUUUUUCAAAUUAUUAUGUAUUGAAGAUUCAAAUGUUGAAAAAAAAACAGUAUUUCUUCAUCAGUAUAUUUAUGAAACAUUUGGAAAUUUUCGUUCAACUGUCGAUAUUGAUAUUUUUGAAAAAUAUGUUACUGUUAAAGAUAAUCAACGUAUUAUUUGCACUUAUGAAAUACAACUGGACAGUUUGAUAACAUCAUUAUAUCGUGAUAGUAUGGGAUUUUUACUUUUAUUUGAUAUAACAAAUAAAUCGUAA